AUGAGCUCUGCACUGAGCGGGCGCAGGAAGCGCCCCCGCCCCGUCGCCUCCAUUUUCCCGGGCAGCGGGACCUCGCCGCGCGGCCGCGAAGGGGAGCGGCGGGGCAGCGGCUUCGAGGGCGCCUGCCAGAACCAGCGGGCCCUGGACGACUGCAAGACGCUCGUCCAGGAUUUCAAUACCCAGGUGGCCCUGUACCGGGAGCUGGUGAUUUCCAUUGGGGAUGUCUCUGUCACCUGCCCAUCUCUGCAUGCAGAAAUGCACAAAACCCGGACCCAAGGAUGUGAGAUGGCCUAUCAGGCUCACCAGAAGCUAGCAGCAAUUUCUGGCCCAGGCCAGCUGCAUCCUGAGCUGCGUCAAAAGAAGGGAGGACAGCGGGUCCAGGGAGGGGAUUGUUCCUAUCUGCUCUGCCCUCAUGAGAGCCUGUGUGGAGUUCUGCAUCCAGGCCUGGUGUCCUUAGCAGAAGAAAGAAUGUGGAGCUAUUGGAACAAGUUCAGAAGAGGGUCAUAA